CGAAAAAUUCCAAAAAUAGCACCCUUUCCCAAAAACCGCUCCCUACCAGUGCGGUUUAGGCGAAAACCGCCACCCAGGGGCGCGUUUUUGAUGAAAACCGCACCCCUAGGGAGCGGUUUUGCAGAUCGCACCCCCACCAUGCGGUUUGGUUGUAGAUCGCACCCCCACCAUGCGAUCUGCUUUUUUUUUUUUGAAAAAUUCUAACAUAGGUGGAAACUUCAAACGGACGUAUCUUUGUGUUCGGGUAUCCGAUCGUCGCGAAUUUUUUUUUGAUUCCGCAUAACUUUUUGAGAUCUUGCAAGCCGAAGACCUCCGAAUGUGGUUUGGUCCCGCCUUCGUCCCAAAAAAUGUCCUUUGCUACCCCGAACGAGCUUAUUUCCGAUUUCGUCAAACUUUGGACAACCAUAACUUUGUGCUCCAAAAUCCAAACGACAUGUUUUUUUUUUAUUUCGCAUAACUUUUUAAGGACUACAAUUUUUACUAGAAUGAAUUUUCAAAACAGGAAUUAUUUUGGAUAUACAGGAUUUUGGGAAUAGCUUACCUUCCCUUCUCAGCAAUCCACGUAUAUUUUGAAAUUAUGUCUAUGAUAAAAGUUGUAUUCCUUAAAAAUUUAUGCGAAAUAAAAAAAAUCAUGUCGUUUGGAUUUUGGAGCACAAAGUUAUGGUUGUCCAAAGUUUGACGAAAUCGGAAAUAAGCUAGUGCAGGGUAGCAAACGACAUUUUUUGGGAUGAAGGCGAGAUCAAACCACCUUCGGCAGUCUUCGGCUUGCAAAAUCUCAAAAAGUUAUGCAGAAUAAAAAAAAAUCGCGACGAUCUGAUACCCGAACACAAAGAUAUGUUCGUUUGAAGUUUCCACCUAGGUUAGGAUUAAAAAAAAAAAAGCAGAUCGCAUGGUGGGGGUGCAAUCUGCAACCAAACCGCAUGGUGGGGGUGCGGUCUGCAAAACCGCCCACUAGGAGUGCGGUUUUCAUCGAAAAACGCGCUCCUGGGUGGCGGUUUUUGCCUAAACCGCACUGGUAGGGAGCGGUUUUUGGGAAAGGGUGCUAUUUUUGGAAUUUUUCGGACUUAGGUGCUAUUUUUGGAAUUUUUUUUUAAACGGUGCUAUUUCUGGAAAAAUCCCCAUUUCUUGUGUUCUAGUUUUCUUUGACCUUUUCAUGGAACGUGUAAUUCUUUGUUCUCCCGAUUCUAAUAUAUGUUGUUAUAUGUUACUUUUGAAAAGGAGGACAAAGAAUUGGUAAUUGAUUAUGUUACGUUAAAAGUUAAAACAGAAUUUUCUCGUUUAUUAUUAUUGUCCAUGUGGCAAUAUUAUGCUUAUUAGUAUGUAUUGUCCUUGUUUUGUGUACAUAUCAUAAACAUGUCAAACAUAUAGAAAAUGAUAGUAAGGUAAUUUUGAAGUUUUGUCCUUGUUUUGUGUACAUAUCAUAAACAUGUCAAACAUAUAGAAAAGGGCAGUAAUGUAAUUUUUGACUUCAAGUAGUAAAUCCCACACCUUUAAAUCCAUGAUAAAAACAUCCCAACAAACAGAGGAUUGUUACAAAUCCAUGAUGCCUCAAAUCCUUGAUAAAUCCUUGAAUUUUUAAAUUAUAAAACCCUCAUUUUGAAAUCCAUGAAGGGAAGGACCCCUAUAUUCCAGCACCAAAUUGGUUGAAUAAAGCGGGGAAAAAUCCCAAGUUACACAUGUUUUUAAAAAAAGUUCUCAAAAUACACACGUUAUGAAAAUAAUUCCCAAUCUACGCAUGUUUGGGCCAUCACCGCUGUCUACGAAGACAGUGAUUGCAUCACCGCUGUCGACGAAAACAGUGAUUGCAUCACUGUUGUCGACGAAGAUAGUGAUUGCAUCACCGCUGUCGACGAAGACAGUGAUUGCAUCACUGCACUACACGGCCGCGGUGAAGGCCUGACCUGCGUCGAAACUUUAAACAAACGUAACUUUGUGCUCGGUUAUCCGAUCGUAGCGAAAUUUUUUUUGAUUCCGCAUAAUUUUUUGAGAUCUUGAAAGCCUCAAAUUUCCGUAGGCGGUUUGGUCCCGCCUUCGUCUCGAAAAUAUGUCGUUUGCUACCCCGAACGAGCCUUUUUCGAUUUCGUCAAAUUUUGAACGACCAUAACUUUGUGCUCCACAAUCCGAAAAUCAUGAAUUUUUUUUUAUUUCGCAUAACUUUUUAAGGACUACAAUUUUUAGUAGGAGAGAAUUUUCAAAAAAUGAAUUAUUUAUGGAUAUAAGGGGUUUUGGGAAUAACUUUACCUUCCUUUUCAGGAAUCCAAGUACAUUCCGAAAAUAUUUCUAUGAUAAAAAUUGUAGUCCUUAAAAAUUUAUGCGAAAUAAAAAAAAUUCAUGAUUUUCGGAUUGUGGAGCACAAAGUUAUGGUCGUUCAAAGUUUGACGAAAUCGAAAAAGGCUCGUUCGGGGUAGCAAACGACAUAUUUUCGAGACGAAGGCGGCACCAAACCGCCUACGGCAAUUUGCGGCUUGCAAGAUCUCAAAAAAUUAUGCGAAAUCAAAAAAUAUUUCGCUACGAUCGGAUAACCGAGCACAAAGUUACGUUUGUUUAAAGUUUCGACGCAGGUCAGGCUUUCACCGCGGCCGUGUACUGCAGUGAUGCAAUCACUGUCUUCGUCGACAGCGGUGAUGGCCCAAACAUGUGUAGAUUGGGAAUUAUUUUCCUAACGUGUGUAUUUUGAGAACUUUUUUUAAAAACAUGUGUAACUUAGGAUUUUUUCCAAUGAAGCGUGGGCGAGAGACACACGAGAGGCUUUUCAGAAAGCUCAAAAUAGAAAAAAUACAAAAAAAAUACUGCAACUUGGACAUGAGAAUCCAUGGAUCCGACGGCAAAGCUUAGGAAAGCUCUCCUCUUCAACGCCUCCGAACCAAAGGUUGCAUGGCAGCUUUUCAAGCGCAUUCUUUCUUUGCCCGCCGGCGAACACUUCCCCGUUGCGGUAGACACCAUUACUCGGAUCCUCAUCCGCGCAAAAAUGAUGAACGAACUCGAUGAGCUCCACCAACGACUCCUGCAGCAUUCUACCUUGCCCCUACACAUCUUGCAUCCUUGUCUUACUUCUUCAAUAGCCGUUUCAGCUAAUUCAGGUCUCUCCGGUAAUACCCUUUCCCAUUUCAAAACCUUCCGAUCUCGGUUCCCAGAUAACCCGCCCUCCAUACAUUUGUAUAAUUGUCUGGUUCGGUCUUGCAUCAAGAGCGGGAGUGGCGACCACGUCGCUUGGUUGUAUAAAGAUAUGAAAGUAGCUGGGAUUGCUCCGGAGACUUAUACGAUCAAUAUUUUGAUUGGGUUUUUGUGCGAUUCCGGUCGGUUGGAAGAGGCCUACCAGCUGUUUGAUAAAAUGCCUGACAAAGGCUGCAAACCAAACGAGUUCACUUAUGGGAUUUUGGUUCGUGGGUAUUGUCGUGCUGGGGAUUCCUGUAGAGGUUUGCAGCUUUUGAGUGAAAUGAAAAGUGGGGGGUUCGCCCCUAAUAAGGUUGUGUAUAAUACUCUCAUUUCUGCAUUCUGCAAGGAAGGUAAGAACGACGACGCUGAAAAAUUGGUGGAAAGAAUGAAGGAGGAAGGGUUGUGUCCUGAUAUUGUGACUUUCAAUUCUAGGAUUUCAGCUCUCUGUGAUGCUGGGAAAACUCUCGAAGCUUGUAGGAUUUUUAGAGACAUGCAGAUUGACAAAGACUUGGGGCUACCGACGCCUAAUAUCAUCACGUAUAAUUUAAUGCUUAAGGGGUUCUGUAAGGGAGGGCAGUUGAAGGAUGCCGAGUCCCUGUUUGAGAUUAUGAAGAGCGACAUUUCUCUACUAAACAUAGAGAGUUAUAAUAUUUGGUUGUCAGGUUUAAUAAGGAGCAGGAGGAUCUUAGAGGCUCGAUUAGUUCUAAAAGAAAUGACAGAUAUUGGAAUCAAGCCUAACGUAUAUUCUUAUAAUAUUGUGAUGGAUGGGCUAUGCAAGAAUGGGAUGCUCUCAGAUGCAAGGGCGCUCACGAGCGUAAUGGCAAGCAAUGGUAUUUUACCAGAUUCAGUUACUUAUAGUACGUUACUUAAUGGUUUCUGCAGUCGUGGAAAGGUCUUGCAGGCUAACAGUGUUCUGCACAAUAUGAUGCAGAGUGGCUGUUUCCCAACUCCUUACACCUGCAAUAUUCUACUGCACAGUCUGUGGAAAGAGGACAAAACAUCUGAAGCUGAGAAGCUGCUGCAGAAAAUGCAUGAGAGAGGCUAUGGUGUUGAUACUGUGACAUGCAAUAUUAUUCUCGAUGGUCUCUGCAAUCACGGCAAACUAGACAAGGCAAUUGAAAUUGUGAAUGAUAUGUGGACUCAUGGGAGUGCUGCUCUUGGUAACUUGGGUAACUCAUUUAUUGGCCUCAUAGAUGAUAGGGAUAGUGUGAAAAAAUGUGUGCCUGAUUUGAUAAGCUAUUCGAUUAUAAUAUCUGGACUAUGCAAGGCUGAUAGGGUUGAUGAAGCAAAAAGGAAGUUUCUUGAGAUGAUGGGAAAACAUUUGCAGCCUGAUUCAGUCAUUUAUGAUACUUUCAUUCGUUGCUUCUGCAAAGAGGGAAAGUUAUCUGCUGCAUUUCGAGUGCUUAAGGACAUGGAGGAAAGAGGUUGCAGUAAGACCAUACAUACUUUCAAUUCAUUGAUCCUUGGCUUAGGAAGAAAAAAUCAAAUAUUUGAAAUGCAUGGUUUGAUUGAUGAGAUGAGCGAAAAAGGGAUUUCUCCGGAUGUUUACACAUAUAACAAUGUGCUAAGUUGUCUUUGUGAAGGAGGGAGGGCUAAAGACGCACCCUUAGUUCUGGAGGAGAUGCUCCAAAAGGGUAUUUCUCCAAAUAUUUCGUCCUUUAGAACAUUGAUUACAGCUUUCUGCAAGGCUAAUGAUAUAAAUGCAGCGCAAGAGGUGUUUGAAAUUUCGCUGGAUGUGUGUGGCCACAAGGAAGCCCUUUAUAGUUUCAUGUUUAAUGAAUUAGUUUCUGGUGGACUAGUUGCUGAAGCUGGAGAGCUCUUUGAGUCUGCCUUAGAUAGGUCUUUUGAUGUGAGUAACUUCCUUUACAAAGAUCUCUUUGAAAGACUUUGUAAGGACGACAAGUUGGAAGAUGCCAGAGCUUUGCUUAAUAAAUUAAUCGAGAAAGGAUACGGGUUUGAUCCAGCUGGACUAAUGCCAGUGAUUGAAGGCUUACGCCAAAGGGGAAACACGGGCGAGGCUGAAGAACUCUCAGAGAGAAUGAUGGAGAUGAUAUCAGAGGACAAGGUAGAAAACAGGAAUGGUCAACAUAGGAUGGGUUUCAUGUUUGGAUCGAGAAAUAAGGACGGUGCAAAUGAUUGGCAACGCCUGAUUCAGAGAGAUGACGGUAGUGGAGUCACAUUGAAAGUUCUUAAGCGGUUGCAGAAGGGCUGGGGUCGGGGAAGCCUUUUAGGUAAACGGCCUCAGGAAGAUGCAUCCAUCUUCUAGGUGUGCUGUCCCAGGAAAUGAGUUAAUUGAUUACUGAAGUGGCAGCGGUUUAAUUUUGGUGUUCCAUUGGGCAAAAACCUGGGCAUGAUAGAAUCCCGGUAUCUAGGAGGAGUGAAGCUAACAGUAUGACUGAUUCUCCCAGUGUGGUAAUGUUCACCAGGACGGUAUGACCCAUCUGACUUUUAUUCUCUUCCACCCAUUUGUGAAAUAAGCAACUUUGUGUUUGCAUUGCAGUGAAUUCAUAUCCUUGUUUUGCUUAGUGUGUACAUGAUAUGGUAUUGGAUGGUAUACGAUGCAUAUGACAUGGUAUCAAAGUCUUAUCAAUCUGGAGGUCCUGUCCUGUAUAUGAAUUUUGUUUGUCCCAAUACUAUAUGUUGAUUUGACCGAAUAGUAUGACAAGUCUAUGUAAAGUUGAAGAUCGUGAGUUGACUGAAGCACUGUAACCGGUCACUUUGUUGUAACUUCAUUCUCUCUUUGAUAGUGCAUUCUCUCGACCUCUAGCAAGAAAACAGUGGUUUCUACUUGGACAUGAUAUACAGCAUUAAGUCAGUUUUAUAGCUUCUCUGGGUACGUAAAAUUGGUUGUUGCAUUAAGAUGCACUUUUUCCCUUGUUCGUAGAUAAGGUUUCAAUUUCCAAGCCAGUGGAGCAUUAGCAAACUUUCGCACCAACAAAAUGUGAAGAGGUUGAUUGAUGAGAGCCCAUGCUGCCAGAGACGGGACAUGAUAACCUCAAGAAACGCUAGAAGCUCCAUGAGAAAAGGGUCACACGCUCCCAGGAAAAAGGUGGCUCAAUGCACAUGUGAGUUGACUGCGAGGGAGCACAGAUUGCGCCAUCAGCUUUGAUAGUGAAGAGGUGGUGGUGCCGUUGGCAAUGACAUCUGUGUCAGGAUUAUGGGCCAAGGCCGAAAACGGGUCUCAUUCUCCGAAACCCCGCAAAUCCAAACGGGUGUCAGAGAUGUCGAGCACAACCUACGAUCGACGAAGAAAAGAAGCCACAGGUAGAAUGGCAUUGACACAAUCUGCCAUAUGUAGUAAAAGCAGAUUAUGUGGAAGAACGAGCAACUCUCGAAGUUGCAAGCUGCAGCAACGGACCAUCUGAGGACGCAGGUCCGUGGCAACGUUAACGACACCUGCGUCAGGAGGCUCACUGCCAAUUGAAAAUGGUACAUUGGAUGUGUUUGUUUACAGUACGAUUACAUCUGAUCUAUAUAGUGACCGUUGUACAACGAAUUGAAUUUUGCAUUUGUACAUCAUUAUGAUUACUUGAUCUACUCUUGUUACUCUUCCGUAGCCUUUGCUGUAUAAUGUUUCCGUUUUUCCAUGCACCCUUGCAGUUUUAGCAAUCAGUUGCCUUCUCAGUAUAUUCCAUGUAGCUGAUUUGGGGACGCUGUCUACAAAUACAAGUCUCCUCAGUCUCUUGAAUUAGAUCUGUAUAUACAAGCAAUGGAAUUUGGUGGGCGAUCUGCGUACCUAGUGAAAGAGGCUUUGCAAAAGUGAUAUUGUUGAGAGAAUCUUGAGUUGAUAUUAUUCAAUGAGAAGUCUCGGCUAAUAUACAUAGUUAUACAAC